AGUCCAUUUGUCCCUUAAUUAAGCAUUCCUUCAUCAAACGUCACAUUAACUUCGAGUGCUCAAAAGAAACAAAAGAAGAGGAAUAUAAAGGAGGAAGGUUUAGCUAAAUCAAGAGCGGCAAUACUUGAAGCCAUGAGGUUGAAGAAGUAUGCAUCUGUGGAGGAAGAAUCUUUUGUUCCUCGUGGAACCGUUUACAGAAACGCUUAUGCAUUUCAUCAAAGCCAUAUAGAGAUGCAAAAGAGAUUCAAAGUGUGGGUGUAUAGAGAAGGAGAGACACCGUUAGUACACAUGGGUCCAAUGAACAACAUAUACAGCAUCGAAGGCCAAUUCGUGGACGAGAUGGAGAGAGGGAUGAGCCCAUUCGCGGCUAGCCACCCUGACGAGGCUCACACUUUCCUCCUCCCGAUUAGCGUCGCCAAUGUUGUUGAGUACCUAUACCACCCGCUCGUUACAUACUCGAGAGAACAACUUCAUAAAGUGUUUCUUGACUACGUCAGUGUCGUGGCUCACAAGUAUCCUUAUUGGAAUAGAAGCCUCGGAGCCGACCAUUUCUUUGUCUCUUGCCAUGAUUGGGCACCAGAAGUGUCGGGAUCGAACCCGGAGCUGCUCAAAAACAUGAUAAGAGUUCUCUGCAACGCCAACACCUCAGAAGGUUUCAUGCCCCAAAGAGAUGUCUCAAUCCCGGAGAUCAACAUUCCCGUGGGCCAACUAGGCCCACCUAGGUUUUCCAAUUCUUCUGGCCAUGACAGACCCAUCCUUGCUUUCUUUGCAGGCCGCGUACACGGCCAUAUCCGCAAGAUUCUACUGCAGCAUUGGAAAGACAAAGACGACGAGGUCCAAGUCCAUGAGUACUUAGCAACGAAGGAAGAUUACUUCAACCUCAUGGCCAAGACAAGGUUCUGUCUCUGUCCUAGUGGAUUCGAAGUGGCUAGCCCUCGAGUUGUAGCAGCCAUUAACUUAGGUUGUGUCCCUGUCAUCAUCUCUGAUCACUACGCCUUGCCCUUCUCAGACGUUCUUGAUUGGAGUAAGUUCACUAUUCAUGUCCCCUCUGAGAAGAUCCCAGAGAUCAAAACGAUACUAAAGAAUGUGUCGUUGAGACGCUACAAGGUGUUGCAGAGAAGGGUUUUGCAGGUCCAGAGACAUUUUGUUAUCAAUAGACCGUCCCAACCGUUUGAUAUGCUUCGAAUGAUUCUUCACUCCGUUUGGUUGAGAAGGCUAAACAUGAGGGUGCAUGUGUGAUUGAUUCUCCACCACUCUCUGUUUUAAAAAGAUUCUUUAGGGAAUAAAUAUAUUGGUAUACGACACAAACGUGAACAGAACAGUUUACAUGUAAUAAUAUUACAUUUAAAAUAUAGUUUGAGACUUUUUCG